GAAAGCGCGGUCUCCUGAGGCGUCUCUGUUUACGCGGACAGCUAUUGGCAGGGUUCCUGAAGCGCAGUGCCUCGUAUCUCCCUGACGGCGGCCAGUGAGCCUCGGAUGGCGGUGUUCGGGACGUAAUUCCUAGUCACACUGCAACAUACAUCGUACAACUAGAGGGUUGAGAUGGCAGCACCAUUAAACAGAAACUUCACCCUCAUACCAAAUCUGAAAUUCAGACGUAGCAAUCGGCGCUUAAGAUUGACUUAUCAAAGCAAAGAAUCUGUUGAUGCUUCCACUUUAGGUCACUUCCACUCAUUGCCUCUGGAGAUCUUCCACAAAAUACUAGAGUACCUUACAGUAAAUGAUAUCAGCAUAUUGAGCAUGGUUUCAAAAAACAUGAGCAGACAUCUUAUUGACUACAUUUCCUCACCAAAUGGAAACCGUCAUCUUUUGUUUCAAGACUUCCACAUUUCUGAGUUUCCAGAGGAAAAGAGAAGGACAUCAAUAUAUCAACACUACAAAUCUUUAGGGUUAUUAUUUAAGAGGUGCACUUUGCUUCUACCUACCAAAGAGAGACUGAAAUAUAUUCACAAGAUAUUGUCUGGCGUCUCCUGUUUUAAACUAUGUGGAUGCACUUCCCCUGUGCGGUGCCUGGGUUUAUACUGCUAUGGUGCGCUCCUAAAGAUGCUGACAGCUGGAUGGGAUGAACUGGAGUGUCACAGAGUUUACAAUUUUAUCUGCGAUUUGACUAACUUGCCUCGUAAGGUGCAGAGUCUAGUGAACAGUAAACCAGGCUCUGCAUGUAAGCUGGAACUGCGUGUACGCCUUUUUUGCCGAAAUGUUCUACUGGAUCACUGGACCCAACGUAGUGACUCUGCUUUUUGGUUGACACGAUUACUUAAACCAUGGCCUUUUGUGAAUCAGGCACGUCUGCUAUACAUUAUCUUUGGACCAGUAUCUGCCAUAGAUGGUCACGUAUCAUGGCUAAAUAUGACUGAGGGAAUGGCUGAGGAGACUAAUCUGAAAGGACUUGCUGAUGCUCUUAAGUUAUUGUAUGACAUAGAAGCCAAAGAGUGGACCACAGAUGAUGUCAUUAGUUUAGUGGAUGAACUGUCAGUCAUUCCCCAUGAAUGGCUAUCAGAGAACAAAGCACGUCUCCUCAUCCUGAGUGGGAACAGCAUCUGUUUCAUCUACAUGGCCAGCAAAGCAGUGAAUGGGAGGUCAAUGGAUCUGGGGAGACUGGUGGUCUUCCUUGCCCUGGUGUGUGAAAAAGACCUGUACUGCAUGGACUGGGCAGUGAAAAUGAUGCGCAGGAUAUGCAAGCUGUUUGGCGCUCACUCCGAGAGGAGCAACUUCCUGCAAAAUGUGGAGAAUGCCUUUGCCCGCAUUGUCAUGGAGAUGCUACAGUCUGUCAUUUCAGGAGGGCGUAACGAAGAGGACAGCAGCUUCUUGAACCUUUUCCAUCUGGUCAAUGCUCAAGCCAAUUUCCACAAGGAGAUUUUAUACCUUACCCUUAACAGCCCUUCUGCCUGA